AGGAUGACUCGUUAUGUACGUUGUAAUGCAAUCUCUUAUUCCGUUGCCAUGGCUACGCUUGUUUAACUGAAGAACGAUCUGACAAAAUGAGUUCAGAUCAGGACACCCACCUGCGGGACCUGUUUCGUCAGUGUGAUGAGGACGACAGUGGCUACAUUGACGCCCACGAGAUGGUCACUUUACUCGGCAAACUUGGGGUUCCUCCCGAUCAGGCGACAGUACAAGUUCCCCUUCUCAUGAGAACACUGGAUGAUGACGGGGACGGACAUGUCUCUUUUGAGGAGUUCAGAGUUGGACUCCAGGACUUCCUGGUGGACCCAGACCAUCCCGAGGACGAAGACGAAGAUGAGUACGAUGAGAUUGAGCAAGAGGUCGCAAUGUUAGCUAAAACACCCAAGAAAUCCUACGGAAGGUCUGACUACGAGGAUUCUGACACUGAGAGGUCACCUCGCAAAAACAAGGCCAGGGAAAAGAAAAAGGAACCUAGUCCAGAUUACAUUGAUGGUAUUGGUCAGUUCGACGGCGACAGCGAAGAGAGACUAGUCUGGCAAAUGUUUAACGAGGUCGCCAGUAGGGAUGAUGGGACAAUCAACAUGGACGAGCUGAACAUUCUGUGUGACAGAAUUGGGAUAGAGGUUUCUAACCAGCAGGAUCUGAUAGAGCUAUUUCAAGAGUUGGACGAGAAUAAGGAUGGUCUGGUAACAUUUGAGGAGUUUCUGAACGGACUCAGAGUGUUCCAGGACCACUUUAAAGAUGGGCAGGAGCAGGGAAUGUUACAGGAGGAGUUUGCAGAUCGCGGGGGAGGGGGAGGCGGUGUGGCUUCAGGGAGAAGAAGUGUCACUAACUUCAGCCCCUUUCCUACCCACAACAUUGCCCCCCUAUUCCCGGAGCUGACUGAUGAGAGUGUAACUAUAGAGCGAGUCCUGGAGGUGUGGGAGGAGAAGGGACUUAAAGACUCCACUGACAGAUCUAUCAUAGAGUUCCUCAAGCGAGUAGACAGUAUGUCGCGUGGUGAGAACCAGAUAAUACCACAAAUACUGUGCUACAACGUGGAGGCGAUACUCACUUCUAACGAGGUGGAGAGCGAUACUCUGCGGGAGUCAGCUAUUGCUGCUUUUAAAUCUGUCAUCACCACUUUACAGUCGAACUUAGCUCAAGUUCAGUACGAUAUGGACGCUCUGAGUGUUGCACUGGAACGCAGAACAGAGGAGCUAGAGAAGAACCUGCACGAGUAUGAGAUAGGGCUAGAUCUGGAGCACAAGAAGAGCGAUGAGAAACUCAGGGUACAGAAGGAGGUAUUCCGACAAGCGAGCCUGCAGCUUGAAAAAGAGGGCGAACUAAAAGUAGAGAAACUAAACAACCAGAUGGAUGGUAUUAUUAAGAGGACUGAUAAGGAAAUAAAGAAUUUGAAGAAUGAGGAAGCGAACUUGAAGAAGAUGAUGGCAGAGCAGAAUGAGGAUAUAAGACUCACAAAGAAGUAUCUACACGAGGCACAGAACGAGCUGAUAAAGUAUGACGAGUUACAGGACGCUUACAAGAUGGUGGUGGAGGAAUACCAGAAACUACACAGGGCAAUGGAGGAGAAACAGAGGCAGCACUGUGAAGAACAGGAGAACAUUGACGAGCUAAAAAGAUACCGGGAGGAGACAUCCGAGGAAAACAAGAGGUUAAGAGAUCAGAUGGACGAGCUCCAUGCUAAGUUCAGUGCGUGUAAGAUGAAGCUUGAGAAGGAAGAGAAGAACGCGAGGAACGCAGCUAAAAGACUUAAAAAGGCUCAACAAAAACUACAGGAUCAAACGGGCGAUUCUCUUGCUGUGGAUAAGAGACACCAAAUGAGACAGAGGAUGUCUGUGGCAGUACCUAUGUUCACUAAAGAGGCUGAUCCUUCCCUCGCUCCGACAAUUGAUACAGAGUUAGAAGACUCGCUGAAUGACGAGAUCCUUGACUCGGAGAGCAACAACGUGUUGGAGCUGCAGGAAGAAGUGUGGAGACUACAGGAGGAACUGGACAAUCAAAAUUUCGAGAUGGAAAGGUACGGGAGAAUACUGAUGAAACAAGAAGAAGCUCUGGAGAAUUACAGGGAAAAAGAGAACAAUGAAAACAGUGAAGAUGCUGCACUGCCCCUAGUUGAAGUGAUGGAUGUUGGUGAGGUUGGUAGUAUGGUACCCGAGCCAGAGGUCACUAUUGUCCAGGAGAGAGUGCUAGAAAGUGCGUUAAAAGGAAAUACAGAUCAACUUGGCCUUGCAAAAGAGACGAUGAAAAGCAAAGAAGAAGAAAUAGAAUCAUUGAUGGCAGAAAAGAUUAAGAAAGAUGAGGAGAUAAAAUAUUUGAUGGAAGAAAAAGAAAAUCUACAAGAGAAGUUAGAAAACAAAAAGGAGGAGGAAGAAAAGAAGAGGAAGGAGGAGGAGGAGGAGAAAAAGAAGAAGGAGGAGGAGGAGGAGGAGGAGAAAAAGAAGAAGGAGGAGGAGGAGGAGGACUCGCUGCAAUCUCAACUAACAUCUUUACAAGAUCAGUGCAGAGCGGAGUGUAAGGAUAACAUUGGUCAGCUAACUGAACAAGUACAGAAGAUUGAACGCGAACGGGCUGUUGAUAUGGAGCAACAUAAAUACAAGGUAUGUGCAACAUAA